AUGUCGCACUGGGAAAAAGAGCAAGAGAGGUUAUUGAAGCUAUGGGAAGAAGUAGGAGCAGAAGACUCUGAAAAUGAGCAGCUAGAACAAGAAGCAGCAUCUGGAUCGGAAGCAGAAGAAAAUAAUAGUGAAAGGUCUACAAAUUCUGAUACAGAGCAAGAAAUAGAUGAGGAAGAUAUACUUCACCUGUCCGAGGCUACAACGUGCACAUCAAAUGAUAUAUACAUGGGAAAAGAUGGAGUUACAAAAUGGAGCAAAACUUGUGGAAAUUUAGCUGUGAAGACAAGAGCUGAAAACAUAAUUUCUCAUUUACCUGGAGUAAAAACAGAUUUCAAAAACAUCAAAGAGCCCUUGCAGAUUUGGAAUUGUUUUUUUACGGAACAAAUGCUCUCUGAUAUUGUAAAAUAUACCAAUGACAAGCUAAAUGAAAAAGCAAUGAUACUCAACAUCUCACAAAACAUACAACAUUGGAAGAACUUCAAGCAUUUUUGGGACUUCUAUAUGUAG